AUGGCGGCGCGCCGCCUCGUGCUCAACGGUCUGACGGCGGAGGUGGCGGGUGUGGGCGGUGUGGGGGCGGACCCGGGGAGAGGAAACACUUCGCCGGAGUUCUACCACGAGCUGGAGCUGUACCGGCAGCUGCUGGCGCUGACAGAGACCACGCCGCGCCGCGCGCGCACACCUGACCCGCCGCCGCCACAACACGAACACGAGUGUUUGCCGCGGCGAUGUCGUACGCCCGCACCACGCUCGCGCCGUGCCGACUCCGCACCGCCGCCGUCCGCGCGCCACGCUCGGUACCUGGGCUCUUUCCCGGCGGGCGGCGGCGAGCACGAGGCGCGGGUCGAAACUGUCUCCAGACGACUACAUCUCAUGAAGCAGGAGAGCGAGCAUGCGAUACCGGUGAUCGUAGUGGUGGCUCUCACAGGGGUCAAGGUGUGCGACCCCGAGGACCAGAGUGUCCGUAUGUGUCACGCUCUGCGUCGAAUCUCGUACACCACGUGUGAGGCGCCGCGCGCGCUCUUCGCCUUCGUGGCCCGCGAGCCACGCUGUGAGCCCACGUCCCAGUACUGCCACGCCUUCGAGACUGAUUCGCCUGAACAGGCCGAGGAGCUGAACGCGUUAGUGGGAGAUGCGUUCCGGAUGGCUUUCGCGUCGCAACUGCAACCUUCCGCUCCACUCUGGAGCAAAGAGCUAAGUGGAGGCUCGUGCCCUCGUGCUCCCGACACUCUCCCGGGACUGACGCACCAUUACCCUCACCGACUGGACCGGUCUCCAUCACAAUGCGAUAUAAUGGGCGGGUCCAAGCUGGACGGCUGCGAUGCGAGCGAACCCAGCGAGGCCAGCGAGGCCAGUCCCAGCUCCUCGGAGGAUUGGAACUCACCCACAGAACUCAGCUGUUACAGGAGACUCGGAGAGAGACUCGAGAGAAUGGAGCGACCUCCCCUCAUGAAAAGACUCGCGCUAGGACUCAGCGGAGCCUUGCUGCAGCCCUCGGACGACGACGCGACGCCACUCGUGACAGAUACGCCCACUACAGACACCCAACAUUCCAGCCCAACCAACGUCCCGCUGUGUCUUAACGGAGGAUACAUCAACGAGGCGUCCGAAGCCGAGGCUCGUCGAGACGCUCGCCGGGACCAGAGGCCGGACCCAGACUUCAGAACCUGCAAUAAUAUUACAAACGGCCGCCCCGGCCCCGGCAGCGGAAGCGGUGCUGGCUCCUCGUCCUCCGGGGAGUCUUCCUGUUCGCGAGCCUCCGGUAACAACAACAACUGUAACUUGCGACCUCUGGAGCCUGAACUGAGACACGCUCCAUGGUUCCAGCAGGGCAUCCCUAGAGAGAUAGCCCUGGAGGUGCUCGGGGCGCAGACCCCGGGCUCGUUUCUUGUCCGCGCCUCCACCACUCAGGCGGGCUGCCUUGCGUUGUCUCUGCGGGUGCCCCGGGACUUCGCUCCUCACGGCAUCGCCCAUUACCUAAUACUGAGAACUAAUAAGGGAUACAAAAUCAAGGGCUUCACGAAGGAGUUCAGUUCCCUAUCAGCCCUCGUGACUCACCACAGCGUGAUGCCGGAGCUGUUGCCGGUCGCUCUCAGGCUGCCGAGACGAGCGCCGCGCUACAACGACGAGAGGGAAAACAUCGACGAGCUCCGCACACACGACCUCUGAGGGCUACGGAAGUUACGGAGACCUCCAGCUAGAGGGAGAUGCAAGAUGCGGAAGACCUAGAGAUAGAGGGGGACGGAUGGUGACGCCAAUAACAAUGAGAGACACUUCACAUUAAGAUGGAGUUGAUUGAAGAAAUGUUAUUCUUCUCUAGGUGAUUGGUGGAAAUUCAUGUUUGUGUGUUCUACUGACGUCUUAUUGGAGUUAAUAGUGACAGACUGUUAAAUUUUUGGGUGGAUUAUGUGACUAUUGAAAACAUGCUGUUGUAUAGAAUCGUUAACCUCUCAGGAGUAAGACACUUUUAAUUAAUUCCAUAACACACUCCUGACAUACAAAUACGGGAAUCCUAUUAUUUUAUUCAUUAUUAUAGAAGUUGUGAUAAAGUUAGACAUUUGUAACCGAUCACUAUACUGUUGCUUGAAAUUUAUAAUUAGCUAAAAUACAUCAUGUGUCCUUCGUCGGCUUCACGGUUUCGCCAAAAUGUCCCCUAUUAUAGAAUAGUUGUAACGAAUGUAUUGAGGGUGAUUAAUAAAUAUUUGGCAAUAGUUAGAAUUCUAAAAUUAUCUUCGAAAUUAUAUCGAACAAUAUUAGUCGUUGCGAAGUCACUAAAUUAUUGUACGUUGUCUAGUUACAGUGCUAAGAUAGUUUUUUAUAAAAUGUGAUAAUUUUACUUAGGGCAUGUAAAAAUUUUUGUAAAAUAACAAAUGUGUAUAUGGAUUUGUAAUUAUAGAUUUUCGUGUCAUAAUUUAGUUUAAAUUUAGUGCAAUGAUGCGAUCCACGAGUCUGCGUUAUUAAAGGUAUUUCUAGUCUUAAAAACAUUUCUAAGUUUUUUUUAAAAAAUUUUUAUGCAAAUUGCACAAAUACGAAAAAUCUCUCUUCUCGCCUGGUCAUUUUGCCAUGAUUGAAUAUUAUAUAGAAUCUUAAAAUUUAUUUUAAAUGUCAAGUUUUAUAAUGAAUUGUUUUUGUUAUACUUCUAUAAUAUAAAUAAUAUCGCGAAAUAUAAAACAAAAUAACUAAAACACAAUUUUUAUGGAAGUUAAUAUUUGUGGUGCGUAAAAAAUGUAGUUUUUGCGAAAGUUUAUACGUUACAUGUUAUUGAUAAAAAGCGGUCGAGUUGUUUAUGACGAAAUGCCUUUUAGCUAGUACUGAUGUUUUAGGUUUACGACAUGUGGAUUGAUAUUAUUAUGAGGCAUUAACUAUUGUUAUAACGAAUUAUCGUAUUACAUGGCCCCUGGAUAGAAUUCAAGAGAAUUGCAGAAAUGUAACGUUAUACGUUAUGUAUAUAUAUACAUAUAUGUUCGUACGUCCGACGAUACAAUUUAAUUAUUAAGGUGAAUUUCCCGAAUUUCUCGGAAACGUCUUUGACAAAUAAAAUGAAAAUAAAUAAAAAUAAGGAGUCAGGUUCAAUACUAUUCAAAUGUUGUCCAUGUUUUAAUAACUCACUUGGAUAUGUUUUUGGUGUAUAUUAUUUCUAUAUACAUAAAGCACUUUAAGUUCCCACCACGACCGUUAGAAUGAGUAUUCUGUAAUGGGAUUUCAUCCUCAAAUCUUCGUCGUAAGGAGCAAUUGAAAAUUUUAUAUCAAUUGACAAACAAGUAAAAAUACAAACUUUUUCAUCAGGAGAUCUUAUUUAAAUUCAAUUAUUUGAAUCAAAUUCUAAAGGAAGGAAGGAAGGAGUCCCUGGAUCUUUUAUAGAAACUCAUGUGAGCGCUGACUAAUAUAGAGGACUUGAACUCAAAACUGAAUUGCUUCGAGGCGUCAACUGAUUUUAAUUUCAAUGUAAGAAAAUGAGCAGAAUGUAUAAAAGAGACAAAUAACAAAGUUAAUGUUAUGUAACUUAAAUUAAUUUAAUAUCAAUCUACAUGUUGUCAAAAACACUGCCUUAGUACGGAUCACGUAUAUUAUAAAAUUAGGAUUAGCCUGUUGAUGUUUAUCGAUUAUUAAAAAUAUAUUUAGGCUAAUAUUCGAAGCCUCUGUAAUGAUCGACGUGCUGACUCCAUACCGUAUCUUCUAAUGUUCAAAACAUCUCCCUUGUAUUAUAUUCACUUCUAAUGCGGCAAUAGUCUAUCAAAAAGUAGACAGUAGAUAUGCUUUCUUGUAUGUAUUAAUGUUAUGUUACUCGUAUGUCAUAGCUUCUGAUACAGAUGGGGGAUGUUUUGAAAUCCAUUUAUAAAAGUAAGAACACGUCAUGUUUAUGAAUAUUCAUUUUCUUUUUUGUAGUUGUAAAGCGCAUUUCACAGUCACAAUAAAACACAUCAAUGUACAAGAUGAAUGAACAUCAAACUGGCUAGACUUAAGUAUCUCAUUGUUAAAGUAGUGCUGUUCCCGGAGACGGCGACGCUUCUUGAACUGUUGUAUAUAUGACUGACAGAAAAAUACGCGUUAAAUAUUAUAUAGUUUGUAUUCCAGGAGUGUCGUCGUCUUCUCGAACUUUCGGGCGUUGUCAAACAAUGCCAGUGUAACCCUAACGAACCAUCGCCUCUGUAUACAUACACUAAUAAUUUAUUCAAUAAAAAUGAUAAUAAAAUA